AUGUAGACGGUUUAGGCUUGUCAGAUUUGGAGAUUAUUACCUUAGAAGUAGACGGUUUAGGCUUGUCAGAUUUGGAGAUUAUUACCUUAGAAGUAGACGGUUUAGGCUUGUCAGAUUUGGAGAUUAUUACCUUAGAAGUAGACGGUUUAGGCUUGUCAGAUUUGGAGAUUAUUACCUUAGAAGUAGACGGUUUAGGCUUGUCAGAUUUGGAGAUUAUUACCUUAGAAGUAGACGGUUUAGGCUUGUCAGAUUUGGAGAUUAUUACCUUAGAAGUAGACGGUUUAGGCUUGUCAGAUUUGGAGAUUAUUACCUUAGAAGUAGACGGUUUAGGCUUGUCAGAUUUGGAGAUUAUUACCUUAGAAGUAGACGGUUUAGGCUUGUCAGAUUUGGAGAUUAUUACCUUAGAAGUAGACGGUUUAGGCUUGUCAGAUUUGGAGAUUAUUACCUUAGAUGUAGACGGUUUAGGCUUGUCAGAUUUGGAGAUACGGAUCCUCUCUAUCGGUUCCAACUCAGAAAUUUCAUUGGCAUCCCGAAGAUGUUGUAGAUAA